CAUUGUAGUUUCCCAUGUUGUUUGUCAUUUUCCAUGAAUGCUAAGUUUGAACGCGGAGCUAAAAAAAAUUCCUCUUGUUGAACCAGAAGACAAUUGAUGGAAUCAUUCGGCGAAGAUGUUUAUUCAAUAAACCAGCUCCUUGAAAAUAUCGAAGUUUUCAAUCUUCUGGCCUAAUUAUUCAUUCUAUGAUGCAGAUUAUAAAAUAUAAACUUUACCCAAUUUUCUCUACUGCUCUGCAAUACAAUUUUUUUCUGGUGAAUGGCUUAUUCAGUGGAAUCCCAAGCUGAAAAUGGAGAAGAAAUCAGAGAUCUGCUGUCAACAAAGGUCAAAUUACAAAUUAUAGUGGAAAGAGCAAAUAGAAUGGCUUUUGGGCUUGACAGGAUGGACAGCAGGUUUAAGCAGUUGAAUGGAGGGGUUUCUGCAACUGCUAUGGCAGUGGCUCCUCUGCAGUCUGCAGCAAUGGUGGCCAAAGCUCUUGAUACUCGUAUAGAAAGAGCCAUAAAUCCUGCUCUUAGAGUUUUGGAAAAGUUUGGCCAACUCCAAGAGCUUCACACAACAAUUGCAGACAUGCUGCUACAACAACAGAGCCAGGGUAGUAAAUACUCUGGUUCAAGAGUGGACAGAGUCCAGGAUUUGAUUGAAUCAUUUGAGAAUUUGGAAUUGUUAGUUGGGUUGUUAAGGGAUGAAUGUGAACCAGCCAUUCAAAGGUUGCAGGAGGCUGUGGAGUUUUUGUGUAGAACUAAAGCUACUGAUUAUUAUAGGGCUCACAGGCUCAGAGAAACCCUGAGUACUUUGAGGGCAUUGUAUGAGAAUGAGGUGGAGGAUCUAACAGAUGGGCUGCUUAUGGAAAAAGCUUUGUCAAGGCUUGAGUAUGAGUUUACAAGGAUGCUGGAGCACAUAGGUAAAAGGGUUCUUCAGAAAACUUUUCAGGAGGUUGUCAGUGUUACAGAUAGACCUAAUGAUGAUUUGGGUUGUUUGGAUCUUGCAUCCAAGCAAGAGAUUGAGGUUUUGAGGAGAAUCGUUGAGGUGAUGCGUGGAUAUGAUAGGAUAGAAGGGUGUAUUGAUAGUUAUGUUCAGGUUAGGUGGAGAAGGGCUGCAAAGUCUUUGAUGAGAUUGAAGCUUGAUUAUCUAUUGAAUUUUGGGAAUAUUGAUGAGAUGGAAUGGGAAGCAUUGGAAUCCUCCAUUCGUCUUUGGAUUGAGCAUUUCAAGAUUGCUGUUAAGGUUGUGCUUGCAUCUGAGAAGGAAUUGUGCAGGCAGAUCUUUGGAGAUGAGGACCUGGUUUUCUUGUCUGAGUGUGUGGGGAGAGUGGGUCGUAAGGUAAUGGCUGCUUUUUUAAGAUUUGGUAACGGGGUUACCAGGAGCAGGAAACAGCCCCAAAAGCUUUUCAAGCUCUUGGAAAUUUUUGAAUCCAUGGAGGGUCUCAAGCACCAGUUCUAUGAAAUCUUUGGAGGAGAAGGUGGGAAAGAAAUAUGUUUGGAGUUCAGGGAGUUGCACAAGCAGGUAGUCAAUGCAGCAUGCAAGGUCUUUUGGGAAUUUGGGCUCCUGGUUGAGGGUCAGCAAGAUGGGACUGUACCUCCUGAAGAUGGCAGUGUACCCAAGCUUGUCAAGUAUGCAGUUGGUUAUAUGGAGUCCUUGGCAGGAGACUACUAUGCCCCUCUCAUGACUAAGGUGCUCAAAAUUGAGCAGCUUUGGAAAUCUCCAACACCUGUGCUGGCAGAGGGAAGCCUUAAGGGUUUUGAAGGAAGUCCAAAAACCUUACAACCACUGGGAGAAUUAUUGGUCGGUGGGUCCUCUCAAAAUAAGCAGAUUUCUAAUCAGAAUGAAAAUCAAAACCAGAAUCGUUUCUGUGAGGCAGUCUCCAACUUCAUGGAGGCCUUGCAGAGGAACCUGAACUCCAAGUGCUCUGCCUACAGGAACAGAGCAUUAGCCCAUCUCUUCAUCAUGAAUUCACAGUGGUACAUUUAUACUCGCACAAAGAACACUCAACUGGGAAAACUUGUGGGUAUUACAGGAGAGUAUAAACAAGCAGCAGAAAGAGCUGGGUAUCUGUAUCAGAAAGAAGCUUGGGGACAUUGCAUAGAACUUCUCAGCACUGAAGGACUGGAUGGACUUAAACCCAAUAUUAGGUCCCUAGUCAGACAGAGGCUCAAAUAUUUCAUGACAGAGUUUGAGGAUACUUAUCAGAGACACAAAUCUUAUAGUGUCAAAGAAAAAAGUCUAUCUGAACAGAUCAGAAUUUCAGUCUCUCAGUCUAUAGUACCUGCUUAUGAAAACUUUCUGGAGUGGUUAGGUCAAGGUGAGGAAACAGCUAGUUUACUAUAUGAAGACUCUUCUAUGGUUUCUCCUGAUUCAAUACAGAAGAUGUUGGGUGAACUUUUUGUCGGCAAAACAGGGAAAGAAAAGACUGAAAAUGUUGUCAGACGCUCUGUAAGUCUGACUUCUAAGAAAACUUCUCCAUCGAAAGCCUAUGUUAAAAGAACUUUUUCUCCCACUCCGGUUUCCAGUAACUUAUCUUCUUCUUCUCCUCGCCCUUCAUUCAGAUCAUCAAGAACCCGAAACAUUUAAAACCAGUUGGAGAUGAAGUGUUCAUAUACAUAAUGGACUCCCAAAUUUAUCAGUUUCUUUUAAAAGCAGUUUAAUGGUCGAUAUUUAUCCUGGGCCAUCAGUAGGGUAAAAACUCAAAAAGCUGUUUAAUUGGUUUAUAUUUUUUCUUGGGCUUUCAGCGACCCAUGUAUCUUUAGAUGCUUUGAAUCCAGUUUCUGCUACUGUAAUCUUUUAUCGAUUGCUUAAGUUUUGAUGAUAGGAACACAGUUGAUUUUCUGCUUAUGUAAUAUUAUUAUCAUUAUCAUUUUGGUGAUGAA